AUGUCUGACCCAGGGAGGACGGCCAGUGGUGACAGCGGUGAGGGGACGACUACACCGCAGCACUCAGAUGGAGCUCGGCUGAAGGCGGCCUGCGGUGAGCACAUCGAUCUGGUGGUGGACAAGUGGUUUGACUCCUAUAAUACAAGGGAUGAUCAGCUACUACACGUGAUGAUGGCCAGCAGACAAGCCAAUGCCAAAGCAUUGUUUGAUCCUCCACUGGAGCGUGAACUACUCAUCACUCAUGCAAAAUGUCUGUGCUCACUGCUCAACAGUGUUAAGGUAACUAAUAGAUUUGUGUCCGGUAGCUACGCAGAGGGGCUGAGCGGCUUACUUGAGCCGGAGACAUGCCUGUCCACAUCUGACGUGGACGUCAUGCAUGAGCUGGGUCCCGUGAACUGGGUGUUGCCCGAUGCUCCCAACAGCAGCUCUUUUGACGACAUUGCCUGUUAUGAAGCGACAAGAGCUGCCGAUCUAGGGGGUCCGGACAGCGACCCGCCUCCUCGCCUGGUGGUCACCGAGGCAGAGAACCCUGGCUUCGUGCUGCUGCUGCAGGAGCGCAGAGACGACUGUCCUCACCAGAAGAAACUAAUUUUCAAUGCUGAGGAUGUCAAAAACGUAUUUAAUGACCUUCAAAAAAUGGGGCUGGGAAUAAUCGACACAGCAAAAGGUGUCAGUGGACCAGCCAUAUCCUAUUCAGACAAUGCAGCAGCACAAUUUGAUAACGUGGACUAUGACGAUGUUCCCUGUCUGCACGUCACAGUGUGGUUCAUCCCUGACGAGUUUUUCACCCGUCACCGCCAGCACAACUGGCCACCAGAAGCCGUCAGGGACAACAUCAGACGGUUCGGCCUACACCUGGUGCCGGUGGGUGCCCCAGGGAGCAGCACGGAAAAGUUUGAGUUCAGGAUAUCUUUCUCCAGAGCCGAGCUCAUACUGGCCUCCUUACUAUCUGAUCGGCAAAGGCAUGCCGUCAUCGCCUUCAAAGUCUGCAGGGCAGCGGUAGAAAACGGUAAAACGAUAAAAUCAUACUAUGUUAAGACAGCACUUUUGUGGCUGUGCGAACAAACACCAAAGGAUGAAUGGACGGCCGUCUCUCAGAGUGUCAUCAAACUGCUGGACUUUCUGGAAGAGGCUGUCGACACGGGGAACCUUCCGUGCUACUUCUGGAGUCAGGUGAACCUAAUUCGGUUUACCAGUCGGGGCGAGCGAAAGGUGAUGAAAAGGGUUCUGCACGACAUGAAAAGAAACCUGAUGACCCUUCUGGCACGUCAGUUGUGUGUGUAUCAGCCUCUACUGCAGAAGAUGCUGACACAGGCUAUCACGAAACUAACGGAGCGCCGGGUGCGUGCCUGUCUGGCUCGAUGGUUUAUCAUAGUGGGCAUAAAGGCUGCAUUUUUAAAUCAUCUGCGUUUGUCAACUACACGUGUCGUAGAACUCCUGAUGUCUGUGUUGGUGCAUUCACGCCAGCUUACGUCAUCAACUGUGGCCAGACUGCUCGUACCAGUCAAUCAUCGGUACAGGAUGCAGACUUGUCUGUACAAGGCUCUGAUCGUAGCCCCAACGGACGUGACCUUGCAGACCCACCUCACCUCCAUGGGUCCUUGCUUCGUCUGGGACGCAGCUUCUCUGUUGGGUCUUCUCACUGAAGAUGACCUGAGGAAUCUGCUGAUGGAUCCUGACGCGGUGCGAGCCUGGCUGAGACGUCAGCACCAGCUGCCGGAAACACAACGGCCGGCUGGUCUGCCCGCUGACCUGAGGUCACCGCGUGACCUCUGUGACCUGCUGCUCAACAUGCCACUGCUGAGCCGGGCUCUCAGGGAGAGUGUACCGGACAUGUGGGAGUACCAUCAAAGAUUCAGCACAAACCUGAUGGAAAAGUACUCGACUUAUGAUUUGGAGUCAUAUGAAACUUAUCAUGAAAAGGUUAUGAGCCAGGCCUUAAAGUGGAAGUACAUGGCGUUCAUUUUCCACACCACGCUCGGCAUGGACCGCCAGACGGCGCUGCGGACGGCCUGCCGUUACGGUGUGGAACUGCGGCGGCUCUUGGACGACCCGGAGACGGCCAGGGAGUACGAGAGGCGCAGACGCCGCUUCCCGGACCCUUGGGGCGUGCUGCCCUUUCUGCUUCGUAGGCCACUCUGAGGUGUAGACAGGAGAGGUGGUGUUAUGCCACUCUGAGGUGUGGACGGGAGAAGUGGUGUUAUGCCACUCUGAGGUGUGGACGGGAGAGGUGGUGUUAUGCCACUCUGAGGUGUGGACGGGAGAGGUGGUGUUAUGUCACUCUGAUGUGUGGACAGGAGAGGUGGUGUUAUGUCACUCUUAUGUGUGGACGGGAGAGGUGGUGUUAUAUCACUCUGAGUUGUGGACAGGAGAGGUGGUGUUAUGCCACUCUGAGGUGUGGACGAGCUAGGUGGUGUUAUGUCACUCUGAUGUGAGGACGGGAGAGGUGGUGUUAUGCCACUCUGAGAUGUGGACGGGAGAGGUGGUGUUAUGUCACUCUGAGGCGUGGACGAGAGAUGUGGUGUUAUGUCACUCUGAGGUGUGGACGGGAGAGGUCGUAGUUUUCUUGAUAUGAUUGUCAUAGAAUAGACAACUAAUAUAGAUACGAUUGUAUGCAAGAUGACAAACUUGCUUCCAAGUACUUAGUUCGGAUCGUGACAGCAUUGCGGAACAUUGGCUUUGUUUGGCUGUUAAUGUAGUGUUCAAUACCUGCACAUGUGAAAAAUAUUAUUUGUGCCUUUUCGUCGAUAACGUCGAUAACUGAACUGUUUGCUGGUAAAAUCCUGCUCGCACGCCUCGCAGUGUCUGCAAUUCAUUGCGACUCUGUACUCGAUGUUAUCAACUAUACGAGUGUUACUAUUGAUGCGUUCGUUUUGCUUAUGAUAUGCAUUUACCUAGACGAUGUGACGUUCGUACAGUGAAAUAUACACGUGUUAACGCCUUUUAUGGAUAUAUGUAGAAUUGCCAGUCAAUUACA